AUCUGGACGAAAACGAAACCCCAAAGCCCUAAAAUGAGCUAAAACCCUAAAAAAAGAAAAAGAAAAAAAGAAGAAGAAAAUCCUUGCUUCUCUCACUGUCAUUCUUGCUCCUGCAACUCCUUCCAAGCUCUCGCGACCGUACAUCAAUGGCCAUCGUUUCUUGGGACGAAGAGAAGGCGAAUGAAAUCCUCAGACAGGUCGAGUUCUAUCUAAGCGAUAGCAACCUCCCUCGCGACAAUUUCAUCAUGAAAUCGAUCAAAGACAGCGAAGACGGACUUAUGAGCCUUGCUUUGAUAUGUACAUAUACUCGGAUGAGAAGUCUUCUCGGUUUUGACCGCAUUAAACCGGAUGAAAUUCCAGAACAGACCUUGUCGGCCGUUGCUGAAAUCCUGAAGAAAUCAUCUUUCCUUAGACUUUCUGAAGAUGGGAAGAGGGUUGGCAGGAUUACUGAAAUGUCAAAGCUGGAAGAGGUUAUAGAGCAAGUAGAUACAAGGACGAUUGCUGUGUCUCCCUUGGAGUACAAUGCUAAACAUGAUGAUGUGGAAGUCUUCUUUAAUCAACAUGGGAAGGUAAAUAGUGUGAGACUACCUCGUCAUGUGGCCGACAAAAGAUGCUUUAGUGGCACUGCUUUGAUUGAAUUUGCAACAGAAGAAGAUGCCAAACAUGUUUUGAACCAAAGUUUGGUUUAUGCGGGUGUUGAAUUAGAGCUCAAACCUAAGAGGGAUUAUGACUCUGAAAGGGAAAAGAAGUUGAAGGAACUUGAAGAUUCUCGUCCUUCCUUUGGUGUGAACAAACAAAAAGGUCCUGCUGGGAAUGAAAACUUCCCGAAAGGCUUAAUUAUUGCUUUUAGAUUGAAGCCAUUAUCAAUGAUAGAAUCUACAAUAGAGCAUGACGUCCACCAAGAGGUCGAAAUCGCAAGUGUCAGCAAGUCAGAAGAGGAGCUAAAUUCCACAGAAAAUGUUACUGAGAGUGAACUGAAGAACUCUGAAAAUGUUAAGGAUGAAGAAAAAGCUACAGCAGAUGCUACUGAAGGGACUGAAGAAAAAACUGCAGAAGAUGCUGCCCAAGAGAGUGACGAAGCCACCAACCAAGAGAGUGAAGAAGAAACUGGUGUUGCUGAAGAAAUGGUUUCACGAGAGGAUUUAAAGCAAGUCUUCCAAACAUUCGGACCUGUGAAGUAUGUUGAUUUUAGAAUGGGGGAGGAAUCAGGAUUCAUUCGCUUCGAAGAGCCAGAAGCUGCUGCAAAAGCUCGUGCUGCGGCGGUGCUUCUUGAGGCUGGUGGCUUGGUCGUGAAGAACUGUAUUGCUUCCUUAGAACCAGUAACUGGUGAAGCUGAAAAGGUGUACUGGAGUCAACUCCGUGAAAAUCUAGAGAAGCACCACCGUGAUCAUCAUAAUUAUAACUAUAGAGGUGGCAGGGGGAGGGGUAGAAACAAUCGAGGAGGGAGACGCUUUGAUGGAAGGCACUAUCAUUCCAGAGGUAGGCACUACCGCUGACCAGCGGCUGAGUAGUCCUGAAGUGACUUUUGUCUUUGUCACGACUCGCCAUUCUCGACCACAGAUGAUAUUCCUUUGUUUGGACCCUCCUGCUAAUUCCACCCUGUUUUAUUGAGAGAGCCAAGUCAUCUUUGUAGAGGGGAUUUGGUUUCCACUAGAAUGGUAAUUAAUUACUCUCGUCCAGGAUUCAUCUUUACUCUCUGUUUUGCUCUUCGUGGGGCCCACAACUGCACGAAUGUACUUUUAAGCCAUAGUAAGUCUGAUGGUGGUUUCUGUCC